GUCUUCAUAGAGUGUGCCGGUAAAACCCUGCGUUCCUCCGUAAUUCAGAAGUACAAGUCCAACCCAAACUUCACCACGCUGGUUGAUGCCAUAGUGCUGGAGUUACCAGAAAACGAGCUCCUCCACCCUCCUCUCAGCAUCACUGUUGUGGAUUGGCGGGCCUUUGGUCGCAGCACAUUGGUUGGAAACCACAUCAUCAACAAUCUCAAGGCCUUCAAAUACACUCCCCCCCCAGCCCUGCCUGCUCCUGUAGAAACACACCAACCCCCCAAGGUCCUGACGCCAGAGCAACUAAGCGAUGAAGGAAUGUUUCAGUCUGCUGGAGAGACCAGUUCAUCCGCGGUACUAACAAGUGAAGAUUUCCUGAUCACUGUGGAGGAGGAAGCUCCACCUCCUCCUCCUCUUCCUCCGCCUCCAGCUCUACCCACCCCGGGAAAACAACCCAGGAAGAAAAGGGACAGCAAAAUAGAGGGCACUCGUGGUCGCUCCACCAAGAGGAAGAAAAGGACCAUAGCUGACGAAUCAGCAGAGUGUGUCAUCGACUGGUGGUCCAAAUACUACGCAUCUGUGGAGAAACAGGCCAAACAGGACGGCUCUUUAUUCCCCAAGGUCUUUGAAAAAGCUUUGCCGUUGGAGGGCUUGCUCAGCACUGGAAUAAGCUCCUUAGUCAGCUUCUCAGAUGGAGACAAGAAGAAAAAACUGAAAGAGAAAGGAACCCUGGAGACAAACAUUGUCCAGUCUACUAAAUUAGCCACACUAAAGCUGUACAACAAGGAGCUGGAGGCAGAGUUUGGGCCUUUUGAUGACUGGGUGAGCACAUAUGAGCUGUUCAGAGGGAAAGCCAAUGAGGAAGAGGGGGCGAGUGAUGAGAGAUUUGUUGGCAAAUUUAAGGGGCGAUUCUGCCUGUACAAGAUGAGUGAGGACGAGGUGGAGGAGUGGGAAGAUGCCGCUGACAUGGGAGACAUCAAAGUCAACAGAGGAGUCCCUGACAACGGGAAGGUCCAAGUCCUCAUAAGGGUUUACAUCGUCUCUGCAUCUAACCUGCACCCAUCUGAUCCGGAUGGAAAGUCCGACCCUUACAUUGUGCUUCGGCUUGGCAAGAAUGAAAUCAAAGACAGAGACAACUACAUUCCCAAACAGCUGAACCCAGUGUUUGGAAGUUCUUUUGAGAUGCAGGCGUCAUUCCCUCAGGAGUCUCUGCUGUCGGUGGUGAUCUAUGACUAUGACAUGGUGGGCGGGGACGACCUGAUCGGAGAGACUCGCAUCGACCUGGAGAACCGAUUCUACAGCCGACACAGAGCCACCUGUGGACUCCCGACUGAGUACAGCCUUGACGGUUAUAAUGCCUGGAGGGACUGCCUGAAGCCUUCAGAGCUGCUGUCUAAGCGCUGCAGAGAUAACGGUCUGGGGGAACCUAAAUUCGCACCAGGACGCAUCACUGUGGCAGACAAAGUUUUUGGUGGCAAGACGCUCUUCAUGAUUGAAGACGAGCCUCUGGAGUCCUAUGAGCACUUGUCUCUAAAGAUCCUGCACCGCUGGUCAGAGAUCCCGGUUGUGGGAUGCAAGCUGGUGCCAGAACACAUCGAGACCAGAACUCUGUUCAACAAGGCUCGGCCCGGCAUGGAUCAGGGUCAGGUCCGGAUGUGGGUAGAUAUGUUUCCCAUGGACUCACCUCACCCUGGACCUUCAGUGGACAUUUCACCGCGAAAACCAAAAGGGUACGAGCUGCGUAUCAUCAUCUGGAACACAGAAGAUGUGAUUCUGGAGGAUAGCAACUUCCUGACUGGUCAACAGUCCAGUGAUAUCUACGUCAAGGGCUGGUUGAAAGGUUUAGAGGCCGACCGACAGGAGACGGACGUCCACUACAACUCUCUGACCGGAGAGGGAAACUUCAACUGGCGCUUUGUGUUUCCCUUCUGCUACCUGCCUGCUGAGAAGACAGUAGUGGUGAGGAAGAGAGAGCACAUUUUCUCUCUGGACAAAACAGAGCAGAAGCUUCCUGCCAUCCUCAGUCUGCAGGUUUGGGACUUCGAGACGCUGUCUUCUGACGACUUCCUAGGCACGUUGGAGUUGGACCUGCAUGGUUUCCCUCGAGGGACAAAGACUGCAAAGUCGUGUAAAGUGGACAUGUUGACGGACGGGACAGACAGAAUCUCCAUCUUCCAGCAGAAGAGAUCGAGAGGCUGGUGGCCCUUCACCAAAGCUGGAGAGCUGACGGGAAAAGUGGAGGUGGAGUUCCAUCUUGUGACAGGGGAGGAGGCUGAAAAGAAUCCAGUUGGCAAAGCACGCAAGGAGCCGGAGCCGCUUCCAAAACCAAAUCGUCCUGACACCUCCUUCUCGUGGUUCGUGAAUCCUUUCAAGUGUUUCUUCCACUUGGUGUGGCGGAGCUACAAGAAGUACAUCAUCAUCGCCUUGGUGCUGCUCAUCGUCAUGCUGUUCCUCGCCCUGCUGUUCUACACACUGCCAUCAGCCAUUUCUCAGAAGAUAGUCAAUGGAUAACACACGCUAACAUUUUAUUUUAAAAGAAUGGAUGACUUUUAGACGAUGCAACUCCGCCUUCCUCUCAUGACAGCUUCUACAAAGUCUUAUAUACCAAGUUUUAAAAGGGACAAACCUGGUUAAGUGCCCAUCUUUAAAAACAUAUAUAACAAAAAUAAGGAUAUACAUGGUCAGUCCCUUUUGUUUUGGAUUUGCCUUGACUUCAGAAGGAACGAUUAGUCUUUGUGCUAAGGCUGUGUAGAUAUAUUUUAAGAUUUCACAGACGAACUAGAUAUCUUUAAAUGGAAAUUGUAAAACAAAAACAUGGAAUAUUGAGUUUUUGAAGUCUCAACACAUUGCUAACACGACGUAUGUUAGGGUUAAUAAUGGCCUUCAUCGUCUUCCUAGGGUUUAAUGGUUAUCAACUCAAUUUCAAUCAGGAGAGACGGUUUUGAUGUAAGAAUACAUAUUUAUUGUCAG